GAGCGUAAGUUUAACUAUGCUCGCCUAGAUGGCAGCACAUCGCAGCAGAAGCGUGUGGCCAUCCUCGAGUCCUUUUCCUCAGAGAAAGGAAACAUACCCGGUUCACCCGACGUUCUCAUUAUGUCGCUAAGGGCUGGCGGCGUGGGUCUGAACCUGACUGAGGCAAACCACGUGUUCAUUCUGGACCAGUGGUGGAACUAUUACCUUGAGCUACAGUGCAUGGACCGAGUUCACCGUAUAGGGCAGAAGAGG